CGAUGGUAUAAAAGACCUAACAGAGUAUUAAUAACUCACAAAAGGGGUUUUUUAAUAAGGCUGAGAAACAACAAAGUCUGAGAAUCGAGAGGGCUCUUUCUGUCUAAUCUAAUCUAAUCUUGUCUUAUUCAAAUCCUCCUCCAAAAAGAGUUUGAUUCAAUGGCGAAGGAACUAGCGGAAAAAGCUAAAGAGGCUUUCUUAGAUGACGACUUCGAUGUGGCUGUUGACUUAUACUCCAAAGCCAUUGACUUGGACCCUAAUUGCGCCGCCUUCUUCGCCGAUCGUGCUCAGGCCAACAUCAAACUCCACAACUUCACCGAAGCUGUUGCAGAUGCCAACAAAGCCAUCGAGUUGGAGCCUACUUUGGCUAAAGCUUAUCUCAGAAAGGGCACUGCUUGUAUGAAGCUAGAAGAGUAUACUACUGCUAAAGCAGCUCUAGAGAAGGGAGCUUCCGUUGCACCUAACGAGUCCAAGUUUGAGAAGAUGAUAGAUGAGUGCAACCUUCUCAUUGCAGAAGAAGAGAAAGAUUUGGUUCAGCAAGUGCCACCGACUUUGCCCUCAAGCUCUACAACACCACUAGCGACCGCAUCUGAUACUCCUCCUGUUCCAAGUCCUGCACCACCUGCCAAACCUAUGUUCAGACACGAGUUCUACCAGAAGCCAGAAGAAAUUGUGGUGACAGUUUUCGCUAAAGGAAUACCAAAGCAGAACGUGAAUGUUGAGUUUGGUGACCAGAUUCUGAGUGUUGUGAUUGAUGUUUCUGGAGGAGAAGCGUAUCACUUCCAGCCAAGAUUGUUUGGGAAGAUAAUACCAGACAAGUGCAGAUAUGAAGUUUUGUCAACCAAAGUUGAGAUCCGUCUCGCAAAAGCAGAGAUAAUCACUUGGGCCUCCCUUGAAUAUGGCAAAGGACAAACUCUUCUGCCUAAACCCAAUGUUCCAUCAGCGGUGUCACAAAGGCCCGUGUACCCAUCUUCUAAGCCUGGAAAAGACUGGGACAAGCUGGAAGCUGAAGUGAAGAAACAGGAGAAGGAUGAGAAGCUAGAUGGAGAUGCAGCUAUGAACAAGUUUUUCAGCGAUAUAUACCAGAGUGCUGAUGAGGACAUGAGGCGAGCCAUGAACAAAUCAUUUGCAGAGUCGAAUGGGACGGUGCUGUCUACAAACUGGAAAGAGGUUGGGACUAAGAAAGUGGAAAGCACUCCACCAGAUGGCAUGGAGCUCAAGAAGUGGGAGUAUUGAUCAUCUCUUUAAAUCCUCUUUUUCUGGUCUUGUCUAAAAUUCUGACAAAUCUGAACUUAAUAGUUUGCAUCGGUUUUUGCAUGGGUUUGUCUUCAUUCUUGCGUUGUGGUCUGAGAAAACGUUCUGAUAUUUUUUUAAAGUUGUGUGUUUUGUACUUUUUCUGAUUCUUUUUUCACAUGACAUUCUUGCAUUGUGACCUUAAAUUAGGUGUAUAAAGCCAACUUCCUUCA